AUGCUCACAUAUGUGAAUGAAAAUCCUAAAUUUGCUGAAACCUUAAAAUAAUUAGUUGAAUGCGGAAAAGAUAGGGUCAUAAGAUGGCCUGAAAUAGCAAAAGUUUUAGAAAAUAUGUUUAAUAUCACUAUCUCUAAACCUUGUCUACUUAAGCCUGCCUAUUAAUCAAUAAUAAGUCCGAAUGUUGAUUUAGAUAAGUAAUAACAUAGAUUAUUGGUUACAACUGUAAUCAAACAUUCAGCUAUAAUUAAGUAGGCUUUACCUGAAUUUUAAAAAACUUCUGGAAUAUAGUAAAAAGUGUUUUGAUAUCUUUUUAGAAUUUAAUCUAAAAAGUUCUAAAGUAGAAUGUAUCGUUCAUUUAAAACAGCUAUAGAAACAGGAAUCUAAGUAUUUAUAUAGAAGAAAUCAGAAUAUCGUAAAAGAUUAGUUAGAGUUCCAGGUUCAGCUAUUUCUCGUGUAUUAUAAUGCAAAAUUUUACCUUCAGAUGAUGUUUUUACAAAUAAAUUAAAAUUUAUGUCAGAUCAACUAUCUAUUUUAUUAAUGAUUAGUAUUGAUUAUGAUGGUGAAGACAUUACUUCACUCUAUUCAACUGUAACUUAAAAAAUAACUAAAAAGAAUUUCCUUUUAUUAUUAAAUUGUAUUUCAUUCAUGUUUGAUUUAAAAUGUAUUAGUCAAGGUUAAAUAACAAGAGAUGAUUAAUUAACUCCUGAUUAUUGGUUAUAACCAACAAUCAAAGAAAAUCAAAAAUUAUACGUUUAUAAUUAUUUUUUUGAAGAUGAUAAUUGUUAAAAAUAUAAAAUGUAUUCUGAUGCUGUCGAUGUUUAACAAGAGAUGGAAUAUAAAGUCUUUUUAAAUAUAAAUCCUAUAUCAUAACCUAAAUAGUAGUCAUUCUUAAAAAAAAAUACCAAAUUAAAAACAGUAAGAGGAAGAAUUACAGUAAAUGAUAAAAAGUAUCCAAGUGAAAGAACUAUUAUCUUUGCAGAACCUGAAGAAGAAAGUGAAUAAGAAUUUUAUGAUAUUAAAUUUGGUAGGAAGUAAAAUUGCCGAUGA